AUGAGGAGGAAAUUACCAUGAUAAUCAGAAGAUUUAGAAUGUCGAGAAUAAAAUAUAUUCUUCUGUCUUUCAGCGUAUGCUUCGCGAUUACAUUCUUUCUCAUGGCUAAUGUACUACACAGACCAUCAUCCGACACCGAACAAGUGAAAUCACUCGCCUUUACAAGAAAAACAAAAAUAUCUGUAUUAAGCAACCUUACAAAAAAUCAACCACAUGUAACAUGCUUUGUGGAAUUACAAAAUGAAUUACGUAGCCUCCAGUUAUCAGAUGUUUUUCAUGCAGAACAACUGAAUCGUAUAAAGUUUGAGAAUUCUCCAUACUUCAUUACACAAGAAACAUGCCAAGAUAUCUGCAAAAAAUUACCAGUAAUACCAGUAAAUAUGACUGACAAAUAUAAGCCAAUCGGUAAUUUAUCUGCAGCUAUGAAACUGGAGGCAGAUAUUCAUAAAGUGAUUGAAUUAAAUCAACCAAACAUUCCAGGUGGUGGUUGGACAUACAAAGAAAGAAAUCAGUGUGCAGAUAAGACUGAUAAAUAUAAUCAAACUAGCGUUGCUAUAGUUAUAGCAUUUCGUGAAAGAUGGACUCAGUUAACAGGUGUUUUAUCAACUCUUAUACCAUUAUUACGUCGUCAAAGAUUAUGCUAUCGGAUAUUUGUUACUGAACAAGCUGGAACUGAUUUAUUUAAUCGUGGCAUGUUGUUUAAUGUUGGGUUUAUGGAGGCUAUGAAAAGAUUUCAUUUCGACUGUGUUACAUUUCAUGAUGCUGAUUUAGCACCGAUCAAUGAUCUUAACCCUUAUGGUUGUGAUAAACAAACAUUUGAAAUGCCUGUUCAUCUUGGUGUCGGUUUAGAUACGCGUAAAUUUCGCUUAAACUAUCCCAGACUGAUUGGUGGUGUGCUGAAAAUGUCAAAUCAGCAUUUUGUUAAGGUGAAUGGUCAUUCAAAUUUGUACUGGGGAUGGGGUCAAGAAGAUGAUGAUUUAGAAAGACGACUAAAAUAUGCCAGUAUUGGUUAUUAUCAAAUGCCAGCAAGUAUAGCACGUUACAAAGCCUUACCACAUGAAAUACAAAGAAAAGAUGGAAAUACUAGAAGAAUACAUUUGAAACUUUUAGCAACAGCUACAGAGAGAAUGCAUUACGAUGGACUUUCAUCACUGUACUAUAAAGUUGUACAAGUAACUCAGCAUAAAUUGUUUACUCAUUUAUUAGUAGAUUUAGGCAAACAACCAAAUUUUUAUAACUGUUAACCAUUGAACAUUUCAACGCAGUUGUUGAUUUAAACAAAAAAAGAUAGUAAAAUUGACUACCGAAUAAAAAUAUACAUAAUCUAACAGAAUAAAUCAGGUUUAGACAGGGAAGCCCCAAUUAAUAAUAACAUUUUUAAUAAUUGUUUAUAACUUGGUUGACUCUUUCUAUUCUAUGUAAGCUUACGAAUUUGAGCAAUAUUAUUGUUUUCAAAUAGUGUGUCAAAUAUUCCCAUAUCAUGA